AUGAAACCCAGCAAUGAUACACAAAUUUCAGAGUUUCUUCUUCUGGGAUUUUCAGAGGAACCAGAACUGCAACCCCUCAUAUUUGGGCUUUUCUUCUCCAUGUACCUGAUCACUGUGUGUGGAAACCUGCUCAUCAUCCUGGCCAUCCACUCUGACUCCCACCUCCACACCCCCAUGUACUUCUUCCUGGCCAACCUCUCCUUUGUAGACAUCUCUUCCACUUCCACCACUGUCCCUAAGAUGCUGAUGAAUAUUCAGACAGAAAGUGAAGUCAUAACCUAUCCAGGCUGUGUCACACAGAUUUAUUUUUUCAUACUCUUUGCUGUUUUGGAUAUCUGUCUUCUGUCCAUGAUGGCCUAUGAUCGCUAUGUGGCCAUCUGUCACCCCCUACACUACAUGUUCAUCAUGAACUCUCAGCUCUGUGGACUGCUGGUUCUGAUGUCCUGGAUCAUGUGUAUCCUGCAUUCCCUGUUACAAACCUUAAUGGUGUUGCGGCUAUCCUUCUGUACAGAGGUAAAAAUCCCCCACUAUUUCUGUGAACUCAAUCAGAUGAUCCAACUUGCCUGUUCUGAUACCUUUCUUAAUAAUUUGGUGAUGUAUUUUGCAGCUGUCUUGCUGGGUGGUGGUCCUUUUGCUGGGAUCCUUUACUCUUAUUCUAAGAUUGUUUCCUCCUUAUGUGGAAUAUCAUCAACUCAGGGCAAGUAUAAAGCAUUUUCCACCUGUGCAUCUCACCUUUCUGUUGUCUCCUUAUUUUAUUGUACAAGCCUAGGAGUGUACCUUAGCUCUGCAGCUACCCAGACCCCCCACGCAAAUGCAGUAGCCUCAGUGAUGUACACUGUGGUCACACCCAUGCUGAACCCCUUCAUCUACAGCCUAAGGAACAAAGAUGUAAAGAGGGCUCUGAAAAUAUUCUUUGUGAAGGAGACUCUAUGUGGCCAACUGUCAUAG